ACUUUCACCGAAGGUGAUAUCGCAGACAAGUUGUCGUAUUUAUUUUCAUUUUUAUUAUCUUAGUGCACGCGCAGGGAGCUUUCGUGUGGGAGGAAACCGGAGCACCCGGAGUAAACCCACGAUGUGGAGAAGGCGCCCCUAUCUCCUAGCCAAAUACGCUCACACCUAGACCACUAGGCCAUCCCAACCCCCCUGUGUGUAAACGCUAACCAUUCUAUUUAAUAUAGUAGACUAAUAAGUGUAACGAGUAAUAUCUGUCACGUGAGUAUCACGUGCUUAACAACAUGACAUCACAAUCCAUUGUAUAACGUAACAACCAUGGUCAGCGCAUACUAUUAAUAAUAAUACAGCCGGUUUUCAUAGACCGAGAACAUUGGUGUAUUUAUUAGCUUUUUGAGCAUUUAAAUUUUUUUUUUGAGCUCCCAUCUGUCGUUAAACUUGGCCUACCAAGAUGAGUUUGCAACCGGAGCCAUCGUUUAGAAGCAUGGUGCGCAGUAGUGGUUUGGCUGAAGAAUGGGUCCACGAAAAUGAUAACAGUAAAUUCGGUCAAGUAGGCUGGAGGUGCACGACUAAAGAAGACGCCUAUAGCAAUACAACAUUAAUUGGAAACUGGAAUGAGAAGAGAUUUGAUAUUAGCCGAAUAAAAAAUAAACCACUUCCCUCGCAGUAUAACCAUUAUUUUGAAUCGACAUAUGAUGCUAGCCAUAACGUAGCACCCAAUCAAAUGCCUAGAGAAUUGAAACAUUUAAAAGCACGUCAUCCACACGCCUUCCCAAGUCACCAACCAGAAUUAGAUCACCAUAGUUUAAAAUCACAGUAUAAUAGUUGGGAAACUACGUCACGUGGAUCUUACGUCAGUCCUAAAGUACGUCAGCAACCAGUAUCUACUAUCGUACCAGACACCCAAACAUCAUAAUGUCGAACUAUUUUAUUAAUAGAAACUUUUACAAGUAUGCUUACUUUCUUUUUAGAAUCAUUUUACAACACGUAUUAUUAAAAGUUGUGAUUAUGACUUAUUCAAACACUGUUCGGAAAAGCAUUAUGUAAGAGCUAAAUCUGCCUAUUGCAAGUCUUUAAUUUGGCUUCAAAUGUUAUAAAAACUAUUAUUUAAACAUGUAUUAACAUGACAAGCCCAUGGCUCAAAUUCUAGGUAGAUUAGAACGCCUCGGUCAUUUAAUGAUUUAAUUUAAAAUGGAGAAUCGAGGAUAAGUCUCGAAUAACAAGUACAUGUACCGUUGUUACGAUGAUAAACAAUCAAUGCACAUAUAUUCUCAAAACUACAAACAGUGAUAAUUUCGCUCAGAAUAAAGUAAUUUGAAUGAAAUUUUCAAUAUAUUAUUCAUUUUGCAUUAUCUAUUUUUAACUAUUCUAGCAAGAAUGGCCAACUCUUUAUCUAAAUCUUACAUAAUGUAUCUUUAACAAUAAAGGCGUUAUUGUCUCUUCAAACCAAAAUGUACUAAGUCUUGAAUUCCAAUAUAAUUAUUAUACAUGUAUACUAAAGCUUUAUUUAUUUGUUUAUGUUCUCUAACAUUUAUAAUUUAACGGAGCAAAUAAAAUCAAAAUAUGCCAUUUUCAGUAUUAAUAAUAUCAAACCAAAUAUUUUAGUCAUUUCCGCGGUCAUAUAAAUAUGGCCGUUGGUUAUUUAUGUAUUUCUUGUCUACGAUAUCACCCUAGGUGGAAGUGGACGGAAAACUCUAGAAACGAACGAACGAUUUAUGUAUUUUGAGAUUUGUUGUCAUGAUAGAUUAUAAUCUGUUAUUGUAUAUUAUUGUAUGCAUUAUAUAUUAUAGCGAAUGACAAUAUUUGUAUAAUAAAUAUUAUUAAAG